CACACUUAAAAAGUUAACUCAUAACGAGUGUACAAAACGUGUUCUUGAUAAAUAUGAUGGCGAUGGUUUGACAGCAACCCAAAACAUGUAAACAAAUCGAAGAAAACACAGGUUGCUAUAAACGCCAUAAUCUGAAACGGAGAGAAAGAGAGCAUAAUAUUCAGGGAGAAUGGCAGCUGCUGUUGAAAAUGACAUAGAAGAAUUUAUUCAAAAUCAGAAAGCUAAACUGCAACAGGAAAGGCAGUAUCUGUCGGAGGAGGAAAGAAAUGAUGAGAGGGUGGGACGUAGGCAAUGGGACCGACCAAUCGAAGCAAAUUAUGCUAAUGAGCAUCAGAAAGGAGGACAUCAGUCAAGCCCCAGAAGACCUGAGAUAGAUUAUAAUGAAAUUGAGCGCACUUUUCAAGAGCAAAGGAGGAGAGAAUAUAAUGAAUUUCUUAAUCGGCCUAAAUUUAAAAAAGCCCCAACACCUCCCCAAUCAGGGAUGAAAUUUGGUGAGUUUGAAGAUUUUAAAAAGAGGGUUGAACAGCAACGUAAAGAAGAGUAUAGAGAGGAGUUAGAAAAGCAAGCUUUAGAGCAGGCAAUAACUAGGGCUAGAGGAAACUUGGACAUAAGUAUACCUAGACAUGCUCAGCUUGUGUCUCCAGAUUACAAUCAGCUAUCUCAGGAAAAACAGAGACGAGAUCUCCGAGAUAAAAUGGUGGAAGAAAAGCGAAUCAGAGAAUUUGAGAGAAUGUUACAUGUGCAUCAUGAUGACAAACAUAUAGAACAGGAAAGAAAUAGAAUAAUAGAAGAUUAUCCAUUGAGAGAACAAGAUAUACAAGCCAUGUUUCAAAGACAAAGAGAGGAAAGAGAAAGGGCUAAACAGAUAGCAGAACGAGAAAAAGAAAUAGAGAGAAAACAAUUAGAAUUUCAGAGAAAACUGGAUGAUAAUGUUUUACGAGAUAGGGGUGACUAUGGUUACCAGGGAAGAAAUGCUGCUCUAUCUGAACUUCCACCUCCAGGUCGUCGAAAUGACCAGUAUGACACACGAAGACUGCAGUCAGAGUAUGCCCCUCCCCCUAGGAAUGACUACUCUCCAAGGAGGGAGGACAAUGACAGGUUUGCAGACAGAUUGCAUCAGAGAUAUGAGGAUGAUAGGCGAAAUGAUUACCAGAAUUACAUACAGCAGUCCGAGUCAGACCCUCCUUUCAGUCAUAGACUGGGAGGAUAUGAAACACACAGAGAGAAGCUGAAAACUGAAAGAAUCCAGGAAACUCGCCAGCAUUUGGAAGAGAAAAAUGCACAAGCCAUGAACCGUAGCUGGAAUGAUCCAGAGGAUACGGAGAGUGGCCUCCCGUUAUCUAAUGACUAUAAACGCAAACAGCAACAGGAAGUGGAGAGAAAUCGAGAAUAUAAUGAGUUUCUUAAAAAGAAAUUUGAUAAAAACAAACCCCCUGCAGGGAGGCAGAGGGGCUCUAAUCUGUCUUUUGGAGGAUAUGAGGAAGAGAAGAAAAAAUUACAACAGGAACGUCAAAGAGAGUAUCGAGAAGCAAUGGACAAGCAUGUGUACUAUCACUCCAUGAAGAGAGUGGACCAAAACAAACUGCCAUCACUGCGUAAUGAUGCCAAGGUCAGGAGGCACCCGCUUGUUAUUUAUCGGGAACAGGUUAGCGAGAUAUUAAAAUCUCUAGAUGAGAUCACAGACAUUGAGGUACCAGACUUUAUUCUCAGAGAAUACAUUAAGAAAAUCAAACAAAAGAAAGAUUUGAUUGAGGAAAAUUAUCAACUGCAGCUACAGAAGGAACAAGAGAGGGGUAGAGGUAGGCGAACAGAACAGGUUAGAGCUAAAUCUCCAGACGAUUUCUUCUCUGGCAUUGGAAAACACCAAGAAGAGAGAGAGAAACUGAAUACUGAGAGAAAGAAAGAAUACAACCACAUGCUAGCUGAGGAGUUACCAAGGCGAGGCAGGCCUAGAGACCCACCGUUGGAGCCAGAGGAGCUACCUCCAAAGGAUACAGAUUCAUUUGAAGCAAGUCUGCGUGGAAUUAGAUCACAUGAGUCUGCAGAGAUCAGGAAAAAACAGUCCAGGAAUGAGGAAUACAAUGAGUUUCUCAAACAAAAGCGGGAACAGGAAAAGCACAGAUAUGAUAGACAGAAAUAUGGAGAGAGUGCAGGAAGUAUAUUAAGAAAUCGACCCUCGUCUGAGCCCCAGCCCAGAGAUGGAAUCUAUGCCACACUGCCAGGAUUACAUUAUAAUGGCUCAGCACAGAAAAGAAAAAUUGAAGCUAGGAAUCAAGAAUACAACGAAUUUUUAAGAAACAGUCAGGAAAACCUGUCUAGAAGAGGUGGAGGUAAUAAAGCAGCAGCUAAUCCCCGGAGAGGUUGGCAAUCCCCUGGUUAUGAAGAGGAUCGCAGACGCAGAGAAGAGGCACAAUACAGAAGAGAGGAUCCACAGAGACCGGGAGGGAUGAAGGCUUAUGCCAGUGAUGGGGCUAUCAAUAGAGCGGGUAAUGAUCGACGAUACAAUGACGAGGACAGAGAUGGUGAUAGGCCGGGAAGGUAUAGAUCUGAACGCAAUCGAAGUAAAGGUGUACUGGAUGACGAUAACUGGCUAUCAGGAAGACGGGAAGUUGAGGAUGAAUAUCAAGAGCUGGAGCCGGAUCCCCCUCGUCAGCGUCCUGGUGCUAUUUCCAACAGAUCUGUUCCCUCAGACAAAGACGACAUGGCCAGGGCAAAUUAUUUUGCCACUCUACCUGUAGGUGUAAAAUCAGGUGCAAAUGAGAGAGACAGUGCUAAUGCUCGUAAGAAGGCCCGCUAUAGGGAGGAGCUACAGCUACAGAUGAGAGAGGCCAAGGCUGCUCGCAGAAGGGAGAAAGUAGAGGAACUGCGAGUGAAUGCCUCAGGUCUGCUUGAUCCAGAGAAAACUUCCAAAAGACUUCGGCACUUAGGUGACCCUAACCCCUCACCCCGGCGGAACAUACGAAGCCCAGAGGUCAAACCAUAUCACACAAGAUUUGACCUUAGUCCAAGAGGUCAAGGGUAUGAGCCAGAGAGUAGUGGAGGCUAUACCCCACGAGAACGUGGACGCCCAAGAGAAAGGCGAUCUCGAGACACAAUCUUGGAUGCUGGAUUUGAUGGACUGUUGGAUCAGCCACGAAGAGGGGGAGCAUCACAGCUUCCCCCUGGACUACAAUAUCAGCCAUCAUUUGCCGACCCAAGCAUUGAGCCUACAAGGACGUACGUGACAGGAGGCGGAACAGGGGGCCUGAAUCAGCCGUACAGCUCCAUUGACGAGGCCUACCAUUAUUACGGCAUGAAAAAUCCACUGGAGCCUGACAACAACAGGAAGAGAGAUCCAUACGGCCAGCCCCCACCAUUGGACCUAGGAGGAGGUUUUGAUCGACCUUACCAGGGCAGGCGUUCUCCGAGAGUCACCUUCGAUGAAUCGAUUGAGAUAACAGUGCCACCACCCCCUCCUACAGCCAGAGCAAGAGACAGGAGUAGAGAACGUAUAUCUCCAUACCAAUUCCCAAGUGAUGAUGACUUCCGCAGCCGUUCCCAGAAUGAUAAACGCUCAUAUCAGGAAGAACUGGAUAGACAGAUUGAGGAAAAACGUUUAAGGAAACAGCGAGAAAGAGAAGAACAGCUGAGGUAUGAGAAAAAAUUGGAUGACGAAAUUCGAAACUAUAAUCCAUUUGGUAAAGGUGGUGGUGGUGCACCAAUGAGGGAUAAUCAGGGAAACAUUGUUGCUGAUUUAAGAGUGCUGCAUUCCACCAAUCAGGACCCAGAAUCAGCUCGUUCACGUGUGACUCGCGAGUCUCCCAGGUUUAGAGCACCGUCACCCUCACCCAGAGAUGACCUGAUUGGUCCCCCACCCCCACAGCUUGAUGCUUCAGGAGAUGUUACUCAUGCUAGAGGAGGACAUGGAAUCUUUGGUCAGCCCAAGACAGAACAAGAAAAGAAUCAAUCUGACAAAUACAAAGAUGAUCUUAGAAGACAGAUUGAAGAGAAAAAGAGGAGAGAACAAAUUGAAAAGGAAAAAGAGAGAAUAGAAGAAGAAAAGGAAAACAGACGACUUGAAGAACAGAGACUCCGAAUACAGAGUGAAUAUGAAGAAGAACAGCGUAAAAAGAGGGAGAAAGAGGAAGAGACAAGAAGAAGAAAUGAAGAGAUGCAACAGCAAGCGGAGGAAAAGAAGAGAGAAGCUAAGAGAAAAAAACAGGAGGAGGAUGAAAAGCGUUCAAAGGAAAAACGGGAACAGGAAGAACGUGAAAGGCGGGAAAGACAGGAACAGCGGGGGUCUUCUCCCCCUGUCCCGGCCAUGAGAAAUGCUGGUCAGAAACCUGAUUACUCGGAUGACAAAACUACCCCAGAACCACCCAAAUCACCACAAAAUGGGACAUCAGAUGACACACGAAAUUCUCCACCGAUUCCAGCUUUACGGAAAGAACCUCCCCCAGAUGAGUCAUCAAGACCCCCACCACAGCCUUUGUCCAGAGCCAACAGUUCAGAUGUCCUUAAAGAGCUGGCCUCUAUGAGGAAACAACUACAGAGUGAAAGAAAGAGGGUGGAGAAUGCUCUAGAGACCCAGAGGAAUGAACCAGAUGUGUUUGAUCCCAGAACAGUGCAAAGACCUCCUCCGAAGGAAAUAGAUGUGUUUGAAAGGGCCAGACUUGGGGAGCCCGCCCCAGUCCGAGCCAAUGAUAACCUCAAUCCAAGAAAUAUACAGGAAUUCAAUGAGCUCAAAUACAAAAAUGACACCGAAUCAAGAAAGGCAUUCCGCAGCAUGUUUCCAGAUGCUCCAACAUCUAAUGAGACCCUCGAAGCUCAACAGGAUGCCCUGCUCAGACACCAGGAGGACACACUCAAGUCCAUGAAAGAACAAAGAUAUACGCCAACCAAUUACAACACGUGGAAAGGACGCCGAUCUGACAGAAGUCUUGGUGCACCGCCCAUGACAACACGCCAGGGCACUGUUAGUCCACGCUCCAUGCUCAACUCAAACAGUGCAUUCAUAGAUGUGGAUGGACUCAACCAUUUCCCAGAUGACUUUGAAGAUCUACCUAAGAGAAAUGAGUCGGCUCGUUAUCGAAGACGAGAAAGAAUUGCACUAAGUCCAAGAGUGGAUAGUGUAGGAUAUAAUCCACCUGAGAGUCAACCUUUAAAUCCAUUUGGAUCAACAACAAGUCUAGAUGUUGAUAGGAUUCAGCGUAAAAAUGAUGCUAGACUCCGAAGGCUGCACCAGUUGAAUGCAGAUGAAGUUUCUCUGGCUGAUCCUGAUGAUAUUCUGGAUAGAUUCAUGGCAAAACAGAGAUACAACAGACCUCCAUCAGGCCAGACUUUACAAGAUGACACCUGGCUACGACCUGCCAGUAAAGCUAUCUAAGGAGCAUCAGUCCAACAUGUGAAUCCCUCACCAUACUCCAUAGAACAAUUUAAACUUCCUAGAGACCUUACAUCAAAUCUUAUUCAUCUCAGAACUAUAGGCCUUUAGAUGGCUUUUUUUCUGAUUGACAAACUGGGGGCAUUAAAAAAAUAAAAGUGUAGAACUUUUCAGAUAGGGAACCCAAUAAAGCCAAUAAAAUACUCAUAAAUCAAAUGAUUUAAAAUUAUACUUUCUAUUUAUAUCUAUUCACAUAUAAGCAGUCUACAUUGCUACCAAAGUUCAUUCUGAAAUUCUGUAUACUUUUCAAGAUAUUCUAAAAUCAAUUCCAACAUUGACAUAGUUUUCUUUACUCAGUUAGCUUGGGCCCUUUACUUAUAUUUUUUACAACCCCAGUUUAUUAGUCAGAUCAAAUUGAUCUAAAGGUCUGUGUUCAGAACCAGACGAUAUAUUCAUGAAAUAAAUAUGUAUUAUAGCAUCAAAGCAAUGUCAAAAGUAUCGGUUGUUAUGUAAUUGGGUUAAAAUUUUAAUUUUUAGUGCUUUUAUUUUAUUUUACUUUAAUUUGUAAAAUGUGAUGAAAUGUUUUUUUCGUUGCCAUACGCCUGUGAAAAAUGACAUCAGAAAAUAUAUAUCGUAUUUUAGUUAUGGCAGCCAUAUUUAUUUUAUAAAGCAGAUCUGUGAUAAAUGCUAGCUACCAAUAUAUGUGAUUUUUACUCACAUGAGUGCCCAGUUUGGAUUAGCCAGUGAAAGUUCUAGUCCGUAUUUGUUAGGUUACUUCUGCAUUGUUGUACAAUAUUGUUAAUGUAAUAUUUUCAUUCAUAGAUUCACAUUUUACAAGGUUCUCUGAAAAUUUUAUACAAAUUCCGUCAAGGCAAAAUUCAAAUGUCCAGUAGCUCAAGAUUAAAUUUGACCUUAAGUACAUUAAAUCCAAUGAGUAUUCAGGUUUCGAUUUUGUCUGAAUGGUCAUGUGAUUUGUAAACCAUGACAAAUAGUGUCAAAACAUGACAUAUUUGCUUUAUAACUGAAUUGCUAAUACUGUUUUUGAGGGCUGUGUGGCUGGUCAUGUGUACACAUCACUAACAAAAUUGUCACAAAUUGUUGUGGAAAAAUUAACUCUGUACUAUCCUAGAAAAACAAGUUUAUGUUAAAAAAAAAAAAUACAUUACAAAAAAGUAAAAUGUAUUAUGUUAUUUUCACCAUGCAAAAGACAAAAAAUAAAUUAUAGAUAUUUU